GAAUAAUGCUACUUUGACAGUGAGCGAGUCCAGCUAGCAGCACUUCUUAGCUCCGCAGACUGACCUCCGCUCCCAACAUGGCUGGUGUUCGAGCUCUUGGUGUUCUCUCCAGAUUGUCAGGCAGACGAUAUGCUCUUUUCUCAGGCAAUACUUUCCGCACCUUCUCAGUAGCUCCAGCCAUGCUUGCCCGAACCCAUGUUAACUAUGAAGUCAAGAAUGAUGUUGCUGUCAUACGGAUCAAUGAUCCGAACUCCAAGGUUAACACACUGUCAAUUCAGAUGCAAAAGGAGAUGACGGAAGUGAUGAAUGAAGUGUGGGCCAACGAGGCUGUUAAAAGUGCUGUUCUCAUCUCCUCAAAGCCAGGAUGCUUCAUUGCAGGAGCUGAUAUCAAUAUGAUCCAGGCCUGCAACAAUGCAGAGGAGGUUACAAAACUCUCUCAGGAAGGACAGAAGAUGUUUGAGCAGAUUGAAAAAUCUCCGAAACCUGUUGUUGCCGCCAUCAAUGGUUCUUGUUUAGGAGGAGGGUUGGAGUUUGCCAUUGCCUGUCAGUACAGAAUUGCAACUAAAAGCAAGAAGACAGUUCUUGGUACUCCUGAAGUAAUGCUGGGCCUUCUACCUGGAGCUGGUGGCACACAGAGACUUCCUAAAGUGGUUGGGCUUCCAAGUGCCUUCGACAUGAUGCUUACAGGAAGAAACAUCAGAGCAGAUAAAGCCAAGAAGAUGGGGCUUGUCCACCAGCUUGUAGACCCACUAGGACCUGGGCUUAAAGGUCCAGAAGAGAGAACAAUUGAGUACUUGGAAGAAGUUGCUGUUGAAUGUGCCAGAGGGAUUGUCAACAAGAAGAUCCUUCUUCAGAAAGAAAAAAACAUGAUGCAGAAAAUUCAAGACUAUGUGAUGAACUUUGAGUUUGUACGGAAUCAAAUUUAUAAAACAGUCCACGGUAAAGUCAUGAAGCAGAGCAAGGGACUUUAUCCGGCACCUCUGAAAAUCAUUGAAUGUGUGAAGACUGGAAUAGAGCAGGGCCCCAUUGCUGGAUAUUUGGCAGAGUCUCAGAAUUUUGGGCAGUUGGGAAAAACGUCUGAAUCAUCCGCCCUGAUUGGCCUGUAUCACGGUCAAGUAGCAUGCAAGAAGAAUCGCUUUGGAACGCCGGAAAGAGAAGUGAAAACUCUUGCCAUUUUGGGAGCAGGUCUGAUGGGAGCAGGUGUUGCCCAGGUGACUGUGGACAAAGGCGUCCACACAAUCCUCAAGGACACCACCGUGGAAGGAUUGGCCAGGGGAGAGCAGCAGGUUUACAAAGGGCUGAAUGACAAGACCAAGAAGAAGAGCAUCUCAUCCUUUCAGAGGGACUCCAUACUGUCCAACUUGACCGGCCAGCUGGAUUACAAGGGCUUUGAAAAGGCUGACAUGGUUAUUGAAGCUGUGUUUGAGGAUAUUAACAUCAAGCAUGCCGUCCUGAAGGAGGUUGAAGCUGUGGUCCCCCCUCACUGUAUAUUUGCAAGCAACACUUCUGCUCUCCCCAUCAAGCACAUUGCUGCUGCCAGCAAGAGACCAGACAAGGUUAUUGGAAUGCACUACUUCUCUCCGGUGGACAAGAUGCAGCUCCUCGAGAUUAUAACCACUGAUAAGACAUCAAAAGACACUACAGCAUCUGCUGUGGCAGUGGGCCUGAAGCAGGGCAAAGUCAUCAUAGUUGUUGGGGAUGGACCUGGAUUCUACACAACAAGGUGUCUGGCUCCUAUGUUGGCUGAAGCCGUAAGAGUACUUCAGGAAGGAGUGGACCCCAAGAGGCUGGAUGCCCUUACAACCAGCUUCGGGUUCCCUGUGGGCGCGGCCACGCUGGCUGAUGAAGUCGGCAUUGAUGUUGCAGCUCAUGUGGCCGAAGAUCUCGGCAAAGCCUUUGGCUCCCGUUUUGGUGGUGGAAAUGUGGAGGUUUUAAAGACCAUGGUGGAUCAGGGAUUUAAAGGACGGAAAUCAGGAAAAGGUUGCUACAUCUACCAGCCAGGCCGCAAAAGCAAAGAUGUGAACCCAGAGGUUGGAGACAUCCUUGAGAAAUUCAGAAUGACACCGAAUCCUGCUGUGUCAUCUGACUCUGAUGUGCAGUACAGGCUCGUGUCUCGGUUCGUUAACGAGGCGGUGCUGUGCCUGCAAGAGGGCAUCUUGAACAACCCGUUGGAAGGAGACAUCGGCGCUGUAUUUGGACUGGGAUUCCCCCCCUACCUCGGAGGACCUUUCCGCUUUGUAGACACUUAUGGUGCUGCCAAACUGGUGGAGAAGAUGAGGAAAUUUGAGGCAGUAUACGGGAAUCAGUUCACUCCAUGCCAGCUCCUACUGGAUCACGCAAAAGAUUCCAGCAAGAAAUUUCACAAGUGACCGACUCACCAGUGCUGCCAGUAGCUCCUAAUAAACUACAGUUUGUCACUUAACAUGUGCCCAACAUCGAUUAGUAGGGAGGGGAAUCAUACUGACAGUACACUUUGACCGUUUAUUAGGUGCAACCAACCUAAAGCGGUGCUGUCUGAUGGGCGACUCCUGCAGUAAUUUGAAUUUAAAUUUCAUAACAGUUCUAAUUUUUAAUUUGUGUUUAUUUUUCUAGAGAUGUGUAAAUUUGAGUCAAUUAUCAUUUAUGAAGGUAAAAUUGUUUUUGCUCCUCUUGUGGCUGUAUUUAACCUGUACUCAUUGGUUUGAACAAUGAAGAGCUUCUAAAGUUUUCUAAAUGAUCAUGAACUUGAUUCAGCACUUGAACUGUUUGGACAGAAGUGAAAUACUUCAGCCUGCAUUUGUUUUAGCUCGGUGUACCUAAUAAACCGGCAAGUGCGUGCAUAAUGACAGCAAAGGUGGAUGGCUGUGUUUAAUUUUUUUUACACGAAUGUUGACUUGAUGUGUGAUUAAGCGGUGUAUGGACAUCAGUUAUUUACACAUCGCAUCUGUAAAGACAUGUCUUCAAAGAGGAAAUGUUUCCUGCUGCCAAAUUACUUCCUAAAUAUCAGUGAAUGUUAAGGUACAUCACACUUCAGCAAGUGUCUUGUUUUCUUUGUACAUUAAAGGUUUCCUUGCUUGGUAUGGAGCAAUAUGUAAAUGUGAAGCUUCAAUAAAAAUGUUAAGUUUUGCUUUUCCA